AAAAGUAGUCCAAUUGAUUUUGGGACAUGCAUCAUGUUCUUGUGAGCAAUGCCAAUGCUAUGCAUCAUAUGAGUCAUAAGAAAGCGGUUGCCAUGCCAUACCAUGUCAUGAGUCAUGACCAAGACCAACCCAUUUCAUCUCUUGCCACCAAAGUAGGAAAAACCCUUCCUUUCCAUCUUCUUCCAACAGCUGCCCUGCCCUGCCCUCAAAUCUCUCUCUCUCUCCCUCUAAAUAUAUAUAACCAAAUGGGUUCGGUUGUGGGAACCAACAAAAAGAGCAAGGAAGAGCUUCAAAUGGCGCUCAACAAGGCCAAGCAGAUCGUCUCCUCUCACCCCGUCGUCGUCUUCAGUAAAACUUAUUGUGGUUACUGUGAGAGGGUUAAGCAAUUGUUGAUUCAAGUGGGAGCUUCUUACAAAGUCUUUGAACUGGAUGAAGAAAGUGAUGGAAGUGAUAUUCAAGCAGCUCUAGCAGAGUGGACCGGCAGAAGAACCGUACCUAAUGUGUUCAUUGGAGGAAAAAACGUUGGUGGCUGUGACUCGGUUUUAGAGAAGCACCAGACAGGUCAGCUUGUUCCUCUUCUCACUGAAGCUGGCUCCAUUGCGGUCAAGGCUUCUGGGCUGUGAAUAUUAAGGCCACCAUAGCCUUAAUAAUGUAACAAGAUAAAGAGCUGAAACUUGGGGCAUUGGUCGCCCUUUUCUCGUCAAGCAAACCUAUGUAAUAAUGUUAAAGACAGGAGAUCGUCUCUCAGAGCCAAACAAGUGUGAAUUUCAAAUUUAUGGUGUUUAUGAAUUUACCAUAUAAAAAAAUGACAUAGAAAAGGAAAAUAAUAACACUAUUGUUUGUGUUUGGAUGACUUAAUUCAGUACUCAUCAAAAUUGUGUUGGAACA